CAGCAUGAAUGAACUAGUCAGCCUAAAUAAUAAGCAGCUAACAACUCCAAUACUGUUUUCUUCUUUUUCCACAUUGCUUACAAAAUCUAGUUAGUUGCCAACUCCAUCCUUUUGUUCCCUUUAUCUCAAGGUUGUGUCCACAAAAGUUCCCUCUAUAUAUACCCCUAAAACGUCUAACAAUGCUUCAUAGCAAGUUUUGAAGCAAUAAUGGCUCAAUCUAUAAACAUUCUCUUAGUGCUUACUACUCUCCUUGUCUUCGCUCCUUUUACCAUUGGUGGGAAGUCGACUGGAGGUUACCUCUACCCACAGUUCUAUGACCAUUCCUGCCCUAAAGCUCAACAGAUAGUCAAGUCUAUUUUAGCCAAGGCAGUAGCAAAAGAAGCUCGCAUGGCAGCCUCAUUACUUAGGCUUCAUUUUCAUGACUGUUUUGUCAAGGGUUGUGAUGCAUCACUAUUGUUAGACAGCAGUGGAAGCAUAAUCAGUGAGAAGAGGUCUAAUCCAAACCGAAACUCAGCUCGAGGAUUCGAAGUGAUUGAUGACAUUAAAGGUGCACUAGAGAAAGAGUGUCCUCAAAUAGUAUCUUGUGCUGAUAUUUUGGCCUUGGCAGCUAGAGAUUCCACUGUUCUUACAGGAGGACCUAGCUGGGAAGUACCAUUGGGAAGGAAGGACUCGAGAGGUGCAAGCUUGAGUGGUUCUAACAACAACAUUCCUGCUCCAAAUAACACAUUUCAAACCAUUCUUACCAAGUUCAAGCUUAAGGGCCUCAAUGUUGUUGAUCUUGUAGCCCUCUCUGGAAGCCACACAAUCGGGAAUGCUCGAUGUACCAGCUUCAGGCAGAGGCUGUACAACCAGUCUGGCAAUGGGCAACCUGACUACACACUAGAUCAAUCAUAUGCUGCACAAUUGCGUACCCGCUGCCCAAGAUCUGGAGGUGACCAAAACCUGUUUUUCUUGGAUUUUGUAAGUCCAACAAAGUUUGAUAACAGCUAUUUCAAGAACUUAUUGGCUUCAAAGGGUCUGCUGAAUUCUGAUCAAGUUCUCCUGACAAAGAGUGAAGCAUCCAUGGACCUGGUCAAGAAAUAUGCUGAGAACAAUAAACUAUUCUUUGAGCAGUUUGCCAAGUCAAUGAUUAAGAUGGGAAAUAUCUCUCCAUUGACAGGUCCAAGAGGAGAGGUUAGGAAGAAUUGCAGGAGAAUUAAUACUUGAUUGGACUACUUAAUUACUCAUCUACAAGUAAAGGCAUUGCGUCUGAUUUCCUAUUUAUGUUCUUGUCUUCCUUUCCUAAUUCUGAAGAAAAAUUCAAGUUCUCCAUUUUGUUGUUACUACCAGGCAGAAUUCUCUGCUCUUACAGGGGUUGAAUUCUGUGGUUUUUCUGCUGUGUACGCGUGGAAUUUCAGA